AUGAGGGAAACAGUCAUUGACAUUGAUUACGAUGAUGAUGUUGUGUUGCAAGGAGCAUGCGGAUAUGAUUACCGGUUGGACUAUUCAAAGAUGAACACAGAAAGAGGACAGUCUCUAAUUACAGUGGGUGAAUAUGGUCAAGUUGAUCAAAUAAGAACACAAUUGGACAUUUUGAGUGAGGGCUCCUCUGCAUCCAUAGACACUGUAGAUAGCGAACUAAAUUGGCUGGAACAGAAAGCUAUGAAAGAGGAUGUUGUACAAUUUGUUCAUUCUGAGGACAGAAUUAAAAGAGAGAGGGGAAAAGACAACACAUAUGAUCAUACGCUUAUGAAAAGAGAUAUACAGGAUGAAAGUGGAUACGAUGAUAUAGAGCUUCUCCAGAAACAGAUUGAGUUGAUGAAGCUGAAGGAGAAUGAAAAUUCCAAAACAAUUGAAAUGAAAUCACAGCUAAAAGAGCUGAAAGAAAGAUACAGAUUGAGAGAAGAAAAAGAUAGGCAAUAUACAGAAAGGGUUCGAGCUCUGAAACAACAGACACGUGACUUAGAGCAGAGUCCAUUGGAAAAACAGAGCGUGUUGAGUUCAUUGGACGGCGAAUUGAUGGAGCCUAGUCAUCAUAAACAUACAUCAAAUAAGCACAGAAAGAAAAUAACCGACAAACAAGAACACAUGCCGUUCAUGAUCAAGUCAAACGUUCCGAAAUUUUCCGACGCUGCGCAAUUUCAAGAAUGGAAAAUUGAAGUAGAAAGUAUGAUCAUUUCCAACAUUUACCACAAAGAGAUUUUGAGACAGGCCAUACGGACUGCUAUUGGUGGAAAACCCAGGAAAAUACUUACCACACUUAAACCCACAGCAACAACUGAGGAGAUACUUAAAACGCUAGAAAGCAAUUUUGGAGACAUUAAGAGUGGUGAAAGUUUAAUGGAAGAAUAUUAUAUAGCGAAGCAGGAGAAAGAUGAGGAUAUAUCAGCAUGGGGUAUACGGCUAGAGGAAUUACUACAAAAGGCCAUUGAUAGAGGAAAGAUAAAAGAAUACAGAAAAGAAAAGAUGUUAAAGACGCGAUUUUGGAAACAUCUGGGAAACACAGAGUUGAAAAACGCAACGCGAAUGUUUUACGAAUCUGACUGUACGUUUGAAGAAUUGAGACGAAAUGUUCGGAAAGAAGAGCAGGAACUUAAAAGCGCAAAGGAGCCAGAACACCCGAAACAAGUAAAUGUUCAUCAGAUGGACAAUCAUUUGGAGAUUUUGAAUGACCUGAAAGAACAAAUGAAGGAGAUGGAGAAGAAAAUAAACACCCUUACACAGGAAUGA